GCCAGCCUCGGGGUGAGCGGCCUUUCCCCAGACGCCUGCUGGAAAUUUCCAGAGGCACCCCAGUAGUUUCGAAAGAAAAAGCUGCUGUGCCGCCCCGCAGGCGCUUCAUUUCGGGAUCUAUUGCUGCUGGCAGACACGCCAUGCUCUGCUUCACGGACUGAAUUUAAGCCUCUUACGUGCUGCUCACUUGGAGGGGUUCAUAUUAAGUGUCCAAAAUCAGAAUUAGUCCGAGCACUGUGACUUUUCCAUCAUGUCAGAACCUAUCACGCUCAAUGUUGGAGGAAAACUCUAUACCACCUCUCUGUCCACUCUGACUAGCUUUCCAGACUCCAUGCUGGGGGCCAUGUUUAGUGGGAAGAUCCCAACCAAGAAGGACAGCCAAGGCAACUGCUUUAUUGACAGAGAUGGCAAAAUCUUCCGCUAUAUCCUGAACUUUUUACGAACUUCUCACUUGGAUCUUCCCGAAGAUUUUCAGGAAAUGGGCUUACUGCGACGGGAAGUAGAUUUUUAUCAAAUUCAGCCCCUGAUUGAGGCCUUGCAGGAGAAAGAGAUAGAGCUUUCUAAAGCAGAGAAAAAUGCCAUGCUCAACAUCACCCUUGAUCAGAAGACCCAGACUGUUCACUUCACUGUCCGAGAAGCACCCCAGAUUUACAGCCUGUCUUCCUCCAACAUGGAAGUCUUCAGUGCUCAUAUCUUCUCCACGUCGUGCCUGUUCCUGAAGCUUCUUGGUUCCAAGCUGUACUACUGUUUCAAUGGAAACCUUUCCUCAAUAUCCAGUUACCUGCAGGACCCCAACCACCUGACCUUAGAUUGGGUUGCAAGUGUGGAAGGCCUUCCCGAAGAGGAGUACACCAAGCAGAACUUGAAGAGACUUUGGGUGGUGCCAGAUAAUAAGCAAAUCAAUAGUUUCCAGGUGUUUGUGGAAGAAGUGCUGAAAAUAGCCAUGAGUGAUGGUUUCUGCAUAGAUUCUGCUCAUCCACAUACUUCAGAUUUCAUGAAUAAUAAGAUUAUUCGCCUAAUUCGGUACAAGUAGGAAUGGCUGUUGUGGUGCUAGCAUGGAGAUAACACAGGUUCAGUGUUUCCCUUUAAAACACACAGCCUAAUUCAGAAUCAUGCUUAUCUGGAUUAAGAGUCACUAACAAGGAGAUGAUUUUCCUUUAAUGUACUUACCAAUACGACCUUCCAGAAUAUGUCCAUAUUCCAGACAGAAGCAAUAUUGUCUAGCGCCUGAAUUAAGGACUGGCUCUGUCUCUGCCUCUGCCUCUGCCCUGCUGUACAAUUGUGGGGAAAAUCACUUAACUUCUGUCAUCUCUACGUUUUCCAGUUGGAAAAUGGGUGAUCCUUAACCCGCAUUGCCAGGGGAUGCGAGAGUUCGGUACCCAUGGUUUGGAAUCUAUCUGGAGAAUGGAUGCAGUGAAAGAUACCAUGGAGCUGCAGUGCAGCAGACAGCCGUAGGAGCACAUGUGCCAUGCCUUGCUGUACCACCUGUGCAGAGCAUUCAAGAAGCUUUGGAUCUGAGGAGGAGAAGCCUUCCCACAUGCACUCAAGACAGCUGUAAAGGACGGUACAAGUUGCAAAUGAGCAAGGGAUCCCAUCUCUUUGGGUUCAACAAAGGAUUUCUGUGAAGCUGGCUUGGGCUUUUUUCUCAACCCUGUGUGGAAGCCCCUUCUUUAUUGUGCUUUAGGGAAACCGUGUUGGAAUAAUGAGACUGGCAAGGAAGCCAUAGAAGAGAGAAUGGUGUUAUUACAAACCAAGAAGAUGAAAUCUUUACUUUUACAUUCCAAAGGCAUCCGAGACAACUAGUCCUUUUCUUUCUCUUACAAUGGUAAUAUUUGUCUGGAGGAUGCUGCUGAAACUUUCUAAUGGGAGGACAGAUUUUGGGGCAGAGGCCCCCAAAUGUCUUCUAAACAUUUGAGCCUCUUUUGGACAUAACUCCCUUCAGCAGUGCCUGGAAUGCAUGGGAUGCUGUCUGGGUAGGAUGGAUUUCAUUUGAAAAGAUAACAUUCUCACCAGGUUACACCUAAUAUUUUUCAUUGCAAAAACAGAGGGUCAUUUUUCCUAUCCUGGUUCAUUGAGCCUUUUUUUGUCUAAUAUCUUUGUGAAAUAGUUAGGUCACUAAAAGAAUUUUACCUACUUGCUUGGCUUCAGUGUCAGCUUGCCAGAGGGAAAGCAGUGGGAAACCAGAGGUCAACUCUUCCCUACACACCUGGUCUGUGCUGUAAUGAAGAUAACUCACUAGCUGCAUGUUGUCUCUAUACAUCAUUUGUGCCACAUUCAAGAUGGUUCUUUCUUGGCUAAUUAUGUUUAAAAGUGUCUUAACUGUAUUUCCCAAACCAGAUUGCUGUGAGUGCAUGAGAGGCCCUCUGGAACCUUCUCAGGUAUCUUUAAUCAGAUAGAAGGGAAAAUGCAAUAACUAAGUUUUGCAUUUAGAGGCUUAGUGCUUCCAAAGGUUUCUAGCACAGGGCUGCAAAGCUCAGUAAUGCUCAUGUUCUUGUUUCCCAGAGUAACUACUCUGUUACAUUAAGCUGACCUGUGAACAAGCAUAAAGAAGCUUUUUUUCUUGUAAAAAAACAGGGUGAUCAAUAUAUUUCUACUGUCCCAAACUGUGACUGCAUGCACAAAACAAAUCAGCAUGCUCAUGGGAAAAAUGCACAUUCUGCAGUUGUUACAAACCACUGCCCUUUGUCUGACCUGGUGCUAAACCAGCAUGAUAUACAUGGGACCAUAUUGUCAGAAAGCACUGAUUGGGCUUGAAGCCCUCAGAACUACUAAACAUGACAAAUGUUGUGUAGUGACCAAAUUCCAGUUUGAGUCACCAUGUUGUUCUAUAUUUAGUUGCAUUAGGAAGAGCUCUUUUUUUUUUCUUUUCCAUCCCAGUCCUGAAUUACAAAGCAUGAGCUGGCUGGUCAGCUGGGCAUUGACAGGGAUGAUCUGUGCUGGUAAUACGAUUAUGAUCUGUAAAAUGAAUCCUCUUUCAUCAAAUCUGUGACUUGAAACAGAUAUGCCCUUGCUGAAUUUAUGAUAACAGAGAUUUUGGGGACUGUUGAUGGUAUUUCUUUUUAAUCCACACCCUUGAGAGUAGAUUUUAAAUGAUCUGUAACCAGAGCUCUUGUAUGUCAUGACUAAAAUAAUACAGUAGGAAUUUGUUUCCUGUCACCUUGAGUUUAUCCAAAGGUAAGAGCAGUGGGCUUAGAUCUCAUCUGGAAGGGUGGAGGGGGGGGAGGUCUGACCUACAUCCUUUAGAGCUUGGGAUCAGUUCUGCUCCAUUCUGUUUCAGCAAAAUAAAAUAUUCCAUGGGAGAGUUGUAUGAUUACUGCAUUUUACUUGGUGAAAGGCAAGUAAGAGGAGUGUAAAAGGAGAGAACUGGACUCAGAUCUUCACCUGGAGUACUUCAACCCAUCAGUCUGUUAUGCAGAAGAUGAACAAAUUGAAUACACAUUUAUUUGUGAUCAUGCAGCUAAGUCAGUAAAAGGUAACAGCUGGCCCCAGAUCUCUGUCAUUUAACAGAUAUUGAGAUGCAAAAUAUCUCUAGAUAGAUAGAUAGAUGCAAAAUUUCCAACCACUGCAAAGGCAUGAGUGAAGCCAUGCUUUGGAAGGAACAGAAGAACCUGAGGUACCUCAGACUUGCUAAGCACAGUAAACAUCCUUAAGUAUGAGGUACUAUUUAUACUGGAAAUGGGCGGUAAGUGAAUCACUUGUGAUUGCAGUCAAACAUAUGUUCUACAAAUGCAGCUGCUAUUUCAGACUCCACACUAAGCUCAAUUUAUAGCUGCUCCCGAAUUCUGCAGUCUGUGAGUUAUGAUAUAAUGACUGUUUAUAGGAACAUUCUCUCUCCAGAGCAUUUGUUUGCAUUUUAUCUGAAUAGCUGUUUUUUUGUUUACCUUCUUUUUUUGAGCCCUGGAAGUGUAACUUGCUUUUGUUUGCCAGUCAACAGCACUGAUAAUGAUUCUUCUCAAGAGUUUUCCUGAAUUAAAGAGAAGCAAACAUGCACAAAGCCAUGCUAAGUAUAGCACAACCCCAUCACUAGUCAGGAAAAGCACUUGGCAUUUAUUAGCAGUUACAUCUAAAAAUUAUUUCACUGCUGAGUGGAAUAUUCACUCUCAGAACAAACAUUUUUUUUUCUGGAAAGGAUCUAGUGAUAUUUUCUUCCCUUAAAGUUUUGUGUGUGUUUUCUUCUAUCUUGGUGCAUAACUCCUGAUUCUGCCAUAGUCUGUGAUUAGAAUGAUUCACUGGUCCUUUCCAGUUUUAAUCUCCUAUUAUCCACUUUAAAUAUGGAUCAUGCCAAGACUUAUGCUAGUAGCUUCUCAGGAACAGUCAGCUUUGCUUCAAUUUGCAUGUGCUUCAAAUCACCAAGCAUUUGCACUGCUGUACUUAGAACUUUGUAACUGGGUUGUUGGGUAUAAAUUGCUGCUUGAGUUCACAGGCAGCAAAUAUCUGCAAUCAAUCAGAUUUAUUCCCAGGAAUAAAAAGUGAGGUGGAAAGGCUGGUGGAGCCUGUAUACAAGGUUGGUGGAAGUGAUAAAUACUACCUUCAGCCAUAGACUGUGGAAAAUAAGCCUAGGAACUUCUGAUACUUCACAGAUUAAUGAAGAAGUUAUGAAGAAGACUCCUCUGGGCAGCUUUAUUUUCACCCCAUCCUGUAGAACUUGGUGCCUCCGCUCAGAAUUUCCAUGUAUUUUGAAACAUUGAACUUCCAUUCUGCAUCUACAUGCUGAUGGACACAAACAUGCAGGGUACAAGAAGUACAAAUAUGGGGCCCUCCCAAUAACAGUCUCAUAUGCAGAGACUGAGGAUUAGUAGAGGCAGUCACAGAUAGUCUGUGCAAAAAGGACUGAUUGCAUAUGAAUGUCCAGAUCAAGCUCAUAGGUUCACCUAGGAAUAACAAAAGGAAUGUUUUCCCUGGGAAUUCAUAAAAAAAAAAAAAAAAAAAAAAAAAGAGCUAUAGGGGAGGGCUGAAUCUAAUAAUUUCUCUCCUCCUCAUCCUCUGGGCAUUCCCCUCAGUCAGUAUUUUCAUGCUCCAACUCCUAAUUGCAGGAUUUUCCCACUGAUCAGAAUUUGGACCCCAACUCACUAAAAGCCAUGCUUUUGAAUCAGUAGUGUUUGAAAAGAGUGAAAAGAUGGUCUUUAUUGCUUACCACCUUCACAGUGACCCUGUAGGGCUAUCACAUUUUAAAAUCUGAUUGCAUUCCUUUGCUUGUAACUCCUUCUGUGAACUGUUACUACUAUGUAUUUUAGAUAAAUUAAUGUAUAGUAAAUAAAAUGUGAAUGAAGCAGGAA